AUGUUUCAAACUAUAAACUCUAAUUUUCAGCCAAAAGGGGACCAACCUAAUGCCAUUAAAAAAAUAGUUGAAGGUAUUUGGGAAGGAAAAAAAGAGCAAGUACUUUUAGGAGCCACUGGCACCGGAAAAACUUUUACUAUGGUUAACAUUAUUAAGGAGACCCAAAAACCGACCUUAGUUUUGGCUCACAAUAAAACCUUAGCCAUGCAAAUCUUUCAGGAAAUGCAGGGCUUUUUUCCAAAUAAUAGGGUGGAAUAUUAUGUUUCUUACUUUGAUUAUUAUCAGCCGGAAGCCUACAAACCAGCCAGCGAUUUGUAUAUCGGGAAAAAAAUUCAGCGCAACGCUAACAUUGCUAAAAUGCGACUGAAAACUUUAAAUUCUUUGGUUACUGAUGAUCACGUAAUUGUCGUGGCUUCGGUAGCUGCUAUUUAUGGCUGUUUUAACCCUGUUUCUUAUCGAAAAGUGGUCGUUCACUUAGAAAAAGGUCAAAAAAUAGACUCAGAUUUAAUCAGAGAAAAAUUAAUUUUGUUGGGAUACAAAAAUGACAAGAAAAUUAGUUCUGGGUGUUACCAAAUGGAGGAGGACAAAAUUUUCUUUAUGUUAGGUUGGGAAGAAAAUUAUUACUUUCAGAUAAAUGUCAAUGAGGAUAAGAUCCAAAAAAUAGAAAAAAAGAGUAAGCAAGUUGGGGGAAUAAACCAAGAGUUGCUGGAAGUUUCUAUCCCGCCUAGUCAGGACUAUGUAGGAGAAGAGGGUGAAGAAUUGGUUGAAAUUUUGACUAAAAUUAUUGAAGAGUUGGAAGAGAGAAAGGAGAGUUUGAAAAAAGAUGGUAAAUUUCUAGAGGCUGAAAGGUUAGAAAAAAGGGUUCAAGAAGACUUAUUUAAUCUGCGAGAAAUGGGAGUUUGUCCAGGAAUUGAAAAUUACGCUCGCUAUUUUGACAAAAGAGAGGCUGGAGAAACUCCUUUCACAUUGUUAGAUUAUUUUCCGAAGGGCUUUUUGACUAUUAUUGAUGAAUCACAUAUUACUAUUCCGCAAAUAAAAGGUAUGUAUAAUACUAACCGCCGCCGGUUAGAAACAUUGAUAAAAUAUGGCUUUCGCUUACCUUCGGCUCUUGAUAAUCGUCCGCUUAGCCAAGAGGAAUUUUUUCAAAAGGUUGACUAUACUCUUUAUGUCUCAGCUACACCAGGAGAUUUUGAGUUAGCCAAAGUAAAUUAUCAACCAGUUGAGCAAAUUAUCCGUCCAACCGGAUUACUUGAUCCCGAAAUAGAAGUGAGGAUUUCCCGCAACCAGAUUGCUGAUAUUAUGCAAGAAAUAGAAAAGCGAAGUAGUAAAGGGGAAAAAGUACUGAUUUACGCUUUAACUAUUGCCAUGUCAGAGGAUAUUGCUAGUUAUCUCCAAGAAAGAAAUAUUAAAGUAGUGUAUUUGCAUAGCCGUUUGGAAAUUUUUGAGCGUUAUCAGGCGAUUACCAGUCUGCGACGGGGAGUAUACGAUGUAAUAGUCGGGAUUAACUUGUUAAAGGAAGGAAUAGAUUUGCCAGAAGUUUCUUUGGUAUGUAUACUGGAUGCUGAUAAGCCCGGUUUUCUGCGUGAUACUCGCUCUUUAAUUCAAAUAAUUGGGCGAGCUUCACGGAACAGUAGCGGUAAGGUCAUUCUUUACGCAGAUGAGAUUACUAGUAACAUGAAUGGUGCCAUUAAAGAAACUAACCGAAGGAGAAAAAUUCAAAAGGAACAUAAUAACCUCAAUGAUAUUACUCCUCAAACCGUGCAAAAACCAGUUCGCGACAUAGUUCUAGACCCUGAAAUAAUAGUUUUAGUUGAAAAGGCCCAGCGAGGAGAGAUUGCCGAAAAAGAAUUAGCCAAGUUAAUUAAGAAUUUGCGGCGGCAAAUGAAAAGAUCUACUCGGGAGUUUAAAUUCGACCAAGCCAUUGCCUUUCGUAAUGCUCUUUUAGACUUAGAAAAAGUAGCAGAAGGCAACAGAUUUUAA